GUUAUCCGGCAAUCUCCGUUACCUGUGGCCUAGAGAGGUAAUUUAAUACGAACAAGUAUUAUAAACUUCUUUAGACACAGAUGGAAAUUUGCGAUCGCGAUUAGUACUGUCACGAACGUCGCAGAUUACUCACGUAGUGUUAAAGUACUGUGCAGUGCCGGAACAAUAGCUUUUUUUUUUUGAAAAGGGAAUAAUAUGCUGUGAUAUUGCUGCUGUAAAGAAGAACCAAGCUCAACACAAUGGCAUCUAAACUGUCACAACUGCAAGCUCGUUUUCAACAAAAGCAAAUGCAAGAAAAAGAGGAAAAAUUGCUUCGUCUAUACGAAAAUCAGCAACAACGCGCAAUUGAGAGAGUAAAUAGAGGAAGUGCAGAAAGCACUGGAAGUCCAACUUCUAAUAACGGUAUUCCGGCAGGAAAAGUCCGACAGAUGUUCGACGAGAGGCGACAAAAGGCUGGCAUAGAUCGUAGUUAUCCCUUAGAACCUUUACGUGUGAUUAAAACUAACGGAUAUAAUGGCGUAAGCGACAAUUCGAAAACGAUGGUAAAAACUACCACCGUUAAGAAACAGGUUACGCAAAUUAAAAACGGAAAGCCCCUUGUAAACAAACGAGAAAUUGUUCAUAGCGUUUAUACUAAUAAUAAUAACGGAGAUGAGAAUUAUGAGGAGCACGUAAUUAGGGAUAAUAAUCUUAAUCGGCCUAUUUUAAAUAGAACGUAUAGGAGAAGAGAUUUGGAAAUGAUGAUGAGAGAGCAUAGUAGAAACGAAAAUAUUGAAGAUGAGGAAUUUCCUGAUGUGAAUAUUGAGGAGUUUGAAGAUCCUUUGCCGAAACUUCAGCUUAAUAACGCCAACCGUGUCCCUCCGAUGCGAAACGUACCCAAUAAAGAUAUUGGGCAAACGAAGACGGUUAUCAAGAAUGAAACUGUGAAGCCAUCGAGCCCUUCUAAAGAAACUAAGCCAUUUCCCAAACGAAUCGUUAACACUACUCCGAAAAAUACGCCUGCCAAGGAAACCUCUCCCAUACCGAAAACAUACACACCUCCCUCUCCAAGUCGUCCGCUCACUCGAAGUUCUCCAGGAGCCAUGUCUUCCAAAUCUCCUGCUAAGAAGCCACCAACUCGCGAUGGGCCCUCGGUUAGAUCGCCUUCCAAGCAAUCCGUUAGAGGCGUUGCUGCAAGAGAUGAUAUGCAGUCAUGUCAGUAUUGCAGUCGUAGAUUCGCCGAGGAUCGCCUAGCAACUCACCAAGAGAUCUGCGCGAGAACUGGGAAGAAGAAGCGAAAAGUGUAUGACGCGACAAAACAUCGUGUUCAGGGGACGGAAUUGGAACCCUACACCAAGAAGCAAACAAAAUCACAAAAGAAUCCGGUUCUAUCCAAUUCUAGACCAAAACAACAAAAUCAGCCACAGGCACCCCCAGUAAAGAAAACUGAUUGGCGAAGAAAGCAUGAAGAAUUUAUAGGGGCAAUUCGAGCAGCGAAGAUGGCCCAAGCCCAUUUAGCCAAAGGCGGCAAACUAUCCGACUUACCACCUCCUCCUCCCGCUGAAAAUCCAGAUUACAUCCAGUGCCCACAUUGCGGAAGAAAAUUCAAUCAGUCUGCAGCGGAAAGGCACAUACCUAAAUGUUCGACUUACGUAUUCAACAAGCCAAAGCAAACGCGAGGGGGACGAAAAUAAGACCACGAAUGCUAAUUUGUUACUUAUCAAAUUUUGGGACCAACUUAGUCUAAUUGUUACUUAAAAUAGAGAUCCUACUCAAAAUUUGAAUUUUUACCUAAGUGUAAAGGUGCUAUGUUAUUAGCAAUUGCUAUAAAUUACUUGCUAGUCUCUAAAUCUGGUGGGAAAUUUACUAACUUCAUCAAAAUCGAUAAUUCUAGAUAGACCUGUCACAACCAAAAGUAAGUAUAGGCAUGCCACUCAACGCAAUCACUUAAUACAAGAUUAUUUAACAGAUUCUCUAUAGAACCACAGAUAUACGUAUAUCUGUGAUAGAACUAAUCUUAUACUUACCCUCAGAAAUUAUACAAGGGCCCCACCCCUUUACAAGUACUAUUUUUUAUAAUAAAUAACGCAUUUAUAGAUUUUGUAGUUUAAGUAUAUAUUUGCCGAAAUUUGUAAUUUACUAAAUAAAUGCCUAAGCAAAAUGAACCUUUA